AUGCCUUUCUCCCCGCACACGACCGCCUCAGGCUACAUACUUCCAUCAAUACAUUCCGCGCCUCCUUUCUAUACCCAACAGUCGACAGCACAACUCCAAGCUCCGUUCACCGAUAACUGGAUAAAGAUUAUCCUAGGAUAUGCGAGACACCGACGCUUAUUCACGCUACGCAUAGAAGAUGCUGAGGUUCCCGGAGGAGACUGGGAUGAGGUCUUGCGGAACCCGAGGAUAAACCGACGCGUGCAGCCGCAAUACCUCGCGUAUAUCCUGUCCGAGUUGGUGAAACGGAAGCAGGCGGUAUACGAUCCACCGCGGCAAACACGGUCGGUUAUCCUGUACUGGCGGCUUCCCGAGGAGUGGGCAGAAGUGCUGCACGAAUGGGCAACCAAUUCAGGGCAGCUCAACACGAUCCUCACGUACCAGGAAAUUACAGAACCUCCGGUUCCGUCGCCGCUGUCGAACGUGCCUCUUCAAGUUCUACGCCAGGCGAUAGGCAUACUCUCCAAGAAUGGACGAGCUCAGACGAUUUCGGUCGCAGACGGCGAGGGCGUGCGGUUCUUUACAGGCCAGAUAUAGCUGAGGCAAUGAAGGCUGAGUUUUGGUCGUGUAUGUAUCAUUUUAGAUAGUGAUGUAUAUUUCUGCAAUGAUCAUCGCCAUUUUCC